CAGACCACACGAGUCGUCUGCUUACACUGUACUCCAUCUUCUCGACGUUACGAUGGAGCAGAAGUUUCUGGUGGUUACCGUCUGCUGUGUGUGCUUGGUUCUCUCUCUAGACGGAGCGGCGUCUGCUAAAGGUGUCUUCUCCAAGCAAAAUCGGGAAAGUGUUGACCUAAAAACGGAGGCGUCCGGUGUUCCAUCAAACGUUGACCUAAAAACGGAGGUGUCCGGUGUUCCAUCAAAUGUUGACCUAAAAACGGAGGCGUCCGGUGUUCCAUCAAACGUUGACCUAAAAACGGAGGUGUCCGGUGUUCCAUCAAAUGUUGACCUAAAAACGGAGGUGUCCGGUGUUCCAUCAAAUGUUGACCUAAAAACGGAGGUGUCCGGUGUUCCAUCAAAUGUUGAACUAAAAACGGAGGCGUCCGGUGUUCCAUCAAAUGUUGACCUAAAAACGGAGACGUCCGGUGUUCCAUCAAAUGUUGACCUAAAAACGGAGACGUCCGGUGUUCCAUCAAACUUUAACCACCCGGGUAAAGCCGAGCAGACGGACCCGAUGGUCGCCUACCUGCAGCGCAAGCAGAAGUUGGAGGGCUGGAAGAACAUCACGUGCGACCUGUGUGUGUUCAUUGUGGAGGAGGUUCAUGACAUGAUAGAGAGAGCCACGGCCGUGGAGACCAUCGUCAAGGAGGUCAUUAGGAUCUGCAUCUUGUUCAAGAUAGAGGACCAGAGGGUCUGUAACAUGAUCGUUCCACAGUAUCAGGAGGAGGGCCUCUACGUCAUCAACAACCUCAUUCUGGAACCUGCCGAGGCUUGCGGCAUCAUUCUGGGCGACAAGUGCAGCACGCCCUACUUCCCGGGUCAGAUGUGGAACAUAUCGCUCCCCAACACCCCCAAACCGGCGCCCAAACCACCAACUCCCCCUCAGCCCCAGUCCCCAACCCUGAGGUUCCUCCACCUGACAGACAUCCACAUCGACCUCAAGUACGCCCCUGGCUCGGCGGUGCCGUGUGGUGAGCCGCUGUGUUGUAGAGUGGACGAUAACACAACACUGGACAACCACGACGGAAGUGCCAAGUAUCACAAGUCCCAGACGUCUAGUGCUGGUAAAUAUGGCGACUACAGGAACUGUGACAUCCCUAUGACGUCAAUAACCUCAUUGUUCAGUCAGCUGAGCGCCAUACAGGACCAGUUUGAUUACGUCAUCAUGACGGGCGACAUCCCCGCCCAUGACGUAUGGAGCCAGACCAAAACAGAGCAGGUGUCCCACGUGAUCACCCUCGGCAAGCUCUUCAACCAGUACCUGCCCACCAAGCCGUUCUACGCCAGUGUGGGUAACCACGAGAGUACACCCUGCAACUCCUUCCCGCCCCCGGGCAUACCAGGCCAGGACAUGGGCUGGCUGUACGGGGCCCUGGCUGACUCGUGGGGAAAAUGGCUGCCACAGGACGCCCUGGAUACCGUUCUCAGCUGUGGGGUGUUCUCAGUGUCCCCCUACCCAGACUUUAGAAUCAUCUCUGUCAACAACAUCUACUGCUACAAGCUCAACUGGUGGCUGCUACUCAACUCCACAGACCCGUGCAACGUUAUGCAGUGGCUUAUUCAGGAGCUGCAAAGUGCCGAGGACAAAGGCGAAAAGGUCCACAUCCUAAUGCACAUCCCGCCCGGCCAGACGGACUGUAUGAAAGGUUGGAGCUACAACUUUUACACCAUCGUCAACAGGUACGAGAACACCAUCGUGAACCAAUUCUACGGCCACAGCCACCAGGACUGGUACCAGAUGUUCUACGAUAACGUCACCUUCCAGCGGCCGUUGGGGUUCGGGUUUGUGGCCCCCAGCGUCACGACAUACUCCUACAACAACCCCAUCUACCGCAUCUACACCAUGGACGGGGACUACCCAGGUAGCUCAUACGCAGUACUGGACUACACCAGCUUUUACCUGAAUAUAACUGACGCCAACUUAAAAGGUUAUCCCACCUGGCAACUCGAAUACUCGGCUAAGCAAGCCUACAACAUGACGGGUCUGUACGCCAGGGACUGGGAUGGUCUGAUACAGAGGAUGGAGAAGGACGACAGCCUGUUUCAGAAAUUUUAUGGCUACUACCGCAACCUAUAUCCGGUGUCGCCCUGCCAAGGCACGUGCAAGACAGAUAUGCUCUGUGACAUCAUAGACGGGAGGUCCUACGACCCUGACCUUUGUAAAAAGCACAUCAGUGGAGUUUAAAACCAGCGCUUUUAUUUUCGAAUUAGUAAUAAAUACUGUAAAUAGUUGUAAAAAUAAUUUAUUUAAAGCAUUCCUCUAAACAGGGUUUCUUUCGGGGUGUGUGAAGGCACUUGAAACUUCCGGAAAAGGUGCUCUCCUACACUUCCGCUGUGAUAUGUUCGAAAGACACAGUCUCCAUCCCAAAAAUCUUAAUUUUUUUUAAUACGUUUAACCCCUAUAGAUCGCAAAAGGAUUUCGUGGACAUAAUUUAAAAAAAAAACAUUUGAGAAUCGCGUCAAUGUUGAGAAAGUCACUUGUACUUCUUCAAUGAAAACAAUAGCGUAGUGAAGAUUACUGUAAUAUUUUUUAAAUAUUUGAAAGUAGGGUUCGAUUUAACAACUUUCACAGUGAAGUGUUGUGUUUUUCGUUGUUUUUUUAACCGGCUGUAAAAUAAAAUAUU